GUGGACCAGCCCUUUAGUAGAAUCCGGAUGUCACCCAUUGUUUCGGGCUGACUGCAGGGACCCUUGGCUGUAGUGGUGCAUAGCGUCCAUUCAGCAUCCUCCUCCCCCCGCCCUGUGUGGACUUCAUUUAUCACUCACGUUAGUGACGUUUUCCUUUUGCACCCUGACUUGUGGUAAACUCUCUGGGGGCUUCCGGCCAAUUCCUGCAACCACUUGGCGAUUUUGCCACUGAUUUCAGUGGGACCAGGAACUGCUCAUCGGCCCGAUUCUGAUCUAGGUUACAGCCGUGUAACGUCGCUGGCUUCAGCGCAGGUUCUCAGUAUUUACACCUGUACAAAAGCGAUCUAGGAGCUGGUAAAGCACAGAAUCGGGCUGCUCGAAUGCCCCAGCCCAGCGUUUCCAUAGCGGUGGGUGCUGCCGUGCACACGGAUAGCUACGGACAAAGGCUGAACAAGAAUAAUUCCUCUUCGGCCGGUUUGGUGCCGGUGGUAUUUGAUGACGUCGCUGUCUAUUUCUCCCGGGAAGAGUGGGACAUGUUUGCGGAGUGGCAGAAGGAGCUGUACAGGGAGGUGAUGACGGAGAACUAUGAAAUGCUGCUUUCUUUGGGCUACCCGGGCCCCAAGCCUGACCUCUUAUAUCGGCUGGAGCGUGGGGAAGAGCCGUGGGUCCACACCCCGCAGGGCCCUGUGGCGUGGGAGAGCCCCUCUCCGGCAGAGGAGGAGGAGCAGCGCUGUGAGCCGUGGGUCAGCCCCCAGCAGGACUCCAUGGUGUGGGAGCUUCCGGAGAGUCCCUGCCGAGGCGGCGAUGUCCUGAGUGGGUCCGGGGAGCAGCAGCGCCGGUUAUGGGCCAGCAUCCUCCAGUGCGCCGUGGCAUGGGAGAGACCCGAGAGCGUCGGCCGAGCAGAUGGCAGGGUCAGGAGCAGUUCUGAGGAGCAUCCGGAUAAAGGGGCUGAGACCGUGGACCCCUACAGGGUGUUACUCCGGGGAUCAGAAGAGGGCGCUGUCCUGAGCCCUGAGCUGCAAGGAACCUCCCUGAGCUCGUGUGGGUCUCAGAGACCGGAGAGUGAGCUGGGGGCCUCACGGGGGUGUGACCAGUGCUCCAGCAACUCCCCAAAUAUGCAGUCAGGGCCUGAGACUGGAGAGGGGCCGAGCCCAUGCCCGGUGUGUGCCCCGAGAGCCAAUGGGAUGCCCCCUCCUGAUGCGCAGGAGAGCAGCGUUCCCAAGAAGGAGAAACCCCACAAGUGCCCCGAGUGCGGGAAAGGCUUCCGGAGGAAGUGGGAUCUCACCAAGCACCAGAGAACCCACUCGGGGGAGCGCCCCUACCCCUGCACGGACUGCAGCAAGAGCUUCAGCCACGUCUCCAACCUCAUCAAGCACCAGCGCAUCCACACCGGGGAGCGGCCCUUCGCCUGCAACAUCUGCGGGCGCAGCUUCACCCUGAAGCAGGUGCUGGUCCGGCACCAGCGCAUCCACACGGGCGAGCGGCCCUUCGCCUGCACCGACUGCGACAAGAGCUUCAAGGACAAGCAGAAGCUGACCAUCCACCAGCGCAUCCACACCGGCGAGCGGCCCUACGUCUGCGCCGACUGCGGCAAGAGCUUCGGGCAGAGCCAGCGGCUCAAGACGCACCGGCGCAUCCACACGGGGGAGAAGCCCUACCUCUGCAGCGACUGCGGCCGGGCCUUCAGCCAGGUCUCCAAUCUGUACACGCACUGGCGCACCCACACGGGCGAGCGCCCCUACCCCUGCACCUACUGCGGCAAGAGCUUCAGCCUCAAGCACGACCUGACCAAGCACCAGCGGGUGCACACGGGCGAGCGCCCCUACCCCUGCGCGGACUGCGACAAGAGCUUCAGCCAGAAGCAGGACCUCACCAAGCACCAGCGGGUGCACACGGGCGAGCGCCCCUACCCCUGCGCCCAGUGCGGCAAGAGCUUCAGCAACGUGUCCAACCUCCUUGCCCACCAAAGGACCCACCUGGGGCAGCGGCUCCCAGGGGCCGGCCCGGCCCAGCCUGGCAAGGAAUGAACCGCCAUGGGGGCGCUGCUGUGAGCCCGUCAGGAAAUCGGGGUGGGUGAUGAGUCCUGUUCUGCUCCCCUUCCCACAGUGCAAGUCAGGAGCCACUCCAUUCCCUUCUGUGCCGGCACAGCCAGUGUCAGCGGAUGUGCUAACUGAGGGAGCUGAGCAGAGCGGGGAGCAGGGAAAGGACUAGCAGAGGGUGCUAGAUCAAGCCACCCCCGCCGACAUGUUGUCUGGCAGCCCCUCCAGGGCUGAGAUCCCAUUGGUUUCAACAGCACUUACACCAGGGUCUGAUCCCCCCCACGACCUC